GCACAGACUAUGGAUGACGAAUGUCUUAAAGAAUUUUAAAAUUAAUCGCACAUACUAAGAAUCACGUCUUUAUCUCGUUUAUCAUCGAUAACAACAAUAAUAGACAACAAAACGUAAUUUCACAAGAGGCAGAUACAAAAGACGAAUAAAGAUUUUUCGUGUGUGCUCUAGAUUAAUCUUAUAUCGUUUUUUACUAAUUGCUGCAACAAUACAAUUACAAAGCACCGAUUCGUCAGUGUACGCAAUUAGUUCCAUUUUCCACACUUGAUCUGAAUUUCUGAUGAAUAAAAUUGAAGAACCAAGCACUCUGCAGAAAAACAUGACUUUAGGGGCUAAAGGAGAUCCUCUGCUAGAUGAGAAUAAGAAUAGCAACAAUGAACAAAGCAUGGACUGUUCUAUGUUAGAUCUGGAAAAAAAUGCCCUCAAGAAGGAGCUUCUGGACCAUGUGGGUAACAGCAAAGCAACUUUCAAGAGCCAGCAAAAAGGAGAACCUGAGUUAACGUUUGAGGAAAAGCUUGCUAUAGCUGGGAAGUUAUUGGAGAAGAGUCACUGCUUAUUUUUAUCUAAAUUUGGACAAUAUAUGAAGGUGGAACACUUGGAGUAUUUCAACAAAAGUCAGGAUUAUGAGACAAUCUAUCAUGUGAACAGGUUACAAAGGUAUUUCAAUAACUCCACACGUCAUAUUGACAUCAAAAACAGAAGAUACGAAGCUUUGAAAACAUUAAUAGAAAAAGGAGACUACUUUAGCGAAUGUGAAAUGAUGAAAAGAAAUCCACUGUUGUAUGAACAUUUAGUAGGACAGUAUUUGACAGAAGAGGAGAAGAAGGCUAGAGACAGUAUUGACACGAAGAGUGUAAAUUAUGUGGAUAUACUUAUGGAAACCAUAGAAAGAAAUAAAUUAGAAGAUCGUUUAAAAUCUCAACAAAAGGAAGAAGACGAAGUACGAGAGGAAAAUGAUUCAGAUGAAGAUGAUGAUAAUGAUGAUAAUGAUAAUGAUAAUAUCAGAAACAGCAUUGUUGAAACAGCAUCCAAGACAAAUUUUGAGAAACAAAAUUAUCAGCAAUGGGGUGAAGAAUUAAAUGAAGUAAAAAAAAAUAGAGAUAAAGACCAGAAAUUACAAAGCAAUAAAAUACAUAAAAUAUCAAGCCAAGAAAUAAAAUUACUUAGACAAGAAUUUGUUACAAACAUGUAUCAGAGUUUCCUGGAUGGUAAAGAUACAGAUUUUGAUUAUAGUACUGUAGAUGACAAUGAAGCUUAUGAUAACGUUGACUUGAGAAAUCAAGAUGAAGAAGAAAAGUAUUUUGAUUCGGAAGUUCCUGAAACUGUUCUCCCAUGUAAUGAGUGCAAUGAUCAAAAUGAAUCUGAAGAUGAAUUGGAUAUAUAUAUGAAAUCGCUGAAGGAGCAGACUCCUACAAAUCCACACUCUUUGGAUAAUCAGAUGUAGCCCUGUGUACAUUGGGUUACAAUAAAUAUAUUCGUAUUUAACAAAA